AUAAGUUUGAAACCGCAUGCAACUCUACGGAAAUUUAUACUUUUUCACCAAACUGAAAAAGCAUUUGCACGCAAACUGCCACCAUUACUUGAUUGUAGUGACUGAAACGCAGAAUGAGAAGAGUUAACUUUGGAGGAAGUUUCGAUGAGCCUUGGCCAGAGGGGGACAGGGCUUCUGACUUUCGGGGAUUUUAUUUCCAUCUCUGGGUCACGUCAUGAUCGGCUCUCUGGUAGUUGUAGGGGCGGCGCACUGCGGAGCGAUUGUCCUCCUCAAAGGGGUGAUAGCUGCCUAACAGGGGAUUUUGGACAAUUUUUUAGGUGCUGCUUUUUCAACGAAAACAAAGAACCUCGUAAUUAUCUUAAUAAUUGACCAUUAAUAUGACAAAGAUAAACUUUUGGGCAUCUUCGUCAAGAAAACUUAAAUCUAAAUAUUAUCUUAAUAAGAUGAGCAAAACGUGUCUCGUCAUACUAUUUGAGGUACUUUCUUAUUGAUUUACAGAUAGAAACGAUGCGGUAGAGAACUUGAAUUUGACAACUACAUAUUGCCGUUAGAUAAAAGAGAUAAUAUUCAGUGUAUGCAAACAAAGAGAAAGGAAAGGUGUCUCAGAUGCAACAAUAGAAAUGAUGGACUACGAGGCUGAAGGUUGAAAACAGGUCUCGUCUGUCGCCGUGAGUGUUAUUGUUUGGGACAUAAAACCGAAAAAAGCAUAUCGACUCGGGGGAAAAUGCUCAUUACUCGGACUGCGCUUUUGGUGGAAAGAAAUCCAUUAGAUUGAAGUCUGGGAGUACAGUUUCAGUUACAGGAUUUUUAUUCAUUUGCAUGGGACACGCCAAGCCGCAGUAUUUUGUGUGUCUACACCUGUAAAGAUUUCUGCUCCCAGUGAUAACGUUGCACCAUGCCUGAGGGGGUGGGUCGUGGAGACCAGAGAAAACCCAGCGCCCAAGCUGUCCAGCGCCCCUCGUCUGUGUCUUCUCUGAACAGCAUUGUGGGAAGGAUGGCCUCCAUAGAGCAGGCCUCCGGUGGCAGCUGUACCUCUGUCAACACUGUCUGCUCUGAUAGUGACCGGGCAGCUAGCUUAAGUUCCUCUGCAUCCUCUGCCUCCCUACAAGAUGGCCAAUCAUCCUCCUCAUCUUCCCUGCCUUAUGGAGCGACUCCAUCCUAUCCCCAGUCCCAACGCAAUGACUGCGACAUCAACCUGGACCUCACACCUUAUUUUCAGCUACUAGAUGACCGUGGUCAAGGGACUGGGCGCAAUGUUCCGUGCUCACCCGCUCCAAAACUUUCCCAUUUAGAAAGAGUGAUGCUGGAGAUUGUGGAGACAGAACAAGCUUAUGUGCGAGACCUCAAGAGCAUUGUGGAGGACUACCUGGGCUGCAUUGUUGAUUGUGGGGACCUGCCGCUGAAGCCGGAGGAGGUCAACACUCUCUUCUGCAACAUUGAGGACAUCUAUGAAUUUAACAGUGACCUGCUGGAAGACCUCGAGCGAAGCUCCCAUGCAGCAGGCAUUGCGGAGUGCUUUGUAGAGAGGAGUGAGGCCUUUGACAUUUACACGAUCUACUGUAUGAGCUACCCCAACUCAGUGGCUGUUUUGCGAGAGUGCAUGAAGAACGAAUGCCUGGUGGGCUUCUUCCAGGAGCGGCAGGCAACCUUGUGUCACUCUCUACCUCUGGAGACCUACCUGCUGAAGCCUGUGCAGAGGAUCCUGAAGUAUCACCUACUGCUGCAGGAGUUAUCUAAACAUUUUGACAAGAGUGACCCUGGGUAUGAGGCGGUGGAAGAUGCCACCAUCACUAUGACAGCAGUGGCCUGGUACAUCAACGACAUGAAGAGGAAACAGGAACAUGCCGUCAGACUGCAGGAAAUCGAGAACUUACUUCUGAACUGGGAUGGUCCAGAUCUCAGUGGCUUUGGAGAACUGGUCCUGGAGGGCUCCUUCCGGGUACAAAGGGUCAAGAAAGAGAGAGCUUUCUUCCUGUUCGACAAGAUGCUCCUUAUUGCCAAGAAGAGGGCAGAACAUUUUAUAUACAGCACUCACAUCUUUUGCUGUAAUCUGCUUCUGGUAGAAUCCCUGAAAGACCCUUUGUGCUUCAAAGUGUCUGACCAGACCAUCCCCAAACAGCAACACAUCGUACAGGCAAAGAACCAGGAGGAGAAGCGACUAUGGCUGCACUACCUCAAGAGACUGAUUGUUGAGAACCACCCAGCCUCGCUGCCUCAGAAGGCAAGGCAGGUCCUUGGAGACAACUACAGUCAAGUUCUCCAGAUUGAUCACGAGUCUGUUAAAAAAAUAUCCUCCUCACCAAGACCCAGUGAUUCACGAGGUCACCAACGAGGACGGAGGCAGUCAGAGCCUCCAGAGUUCAUCUACACACCGGAGAAAGCAAAAAAGAGUCUCCCACUCUUGUUGGAGGGCAACCUUCCAUACCGUCGUGGAAGAAGGCAGUCAGCCCCUGCCAAGGAUAUUGAGGCCGUGUGUCAGCAGAGCGAUGCAUUAAAGGCAGGUAAGAAGUGUGAGCUGUGCCCUCAGGAGGAAACCAUGGACUCCUCAGGCAUUGCAAGCACACCAGCUUCCUCUGUUUCUGAACUGGGAUCAGCACCGGACAACCUUGGACUUGGCCCAGAUGAAGACAUGACCCCUCCAACACUGUCAAUUGCUGAGGAGAUCAUGCAGUUCAUCAACCAAAGCCAGACAGGGGAAGGGAGGCUAGCUCAGCUGCUUAGUAAGGAACACACCGUCCCUGAGACCUUGGAAAACUCGGCUACCGCCCGAGAACAGGACACUUGUAUCACCAAGAAGGAUGAGGGACAGCCUCUUUCCCCUGGGACUAGCAGCUGCCAGCAAGACUGUGAUUAUAUUGGCAUGCAAGAUGAGAAGUCAGUGGAAGACAAUAAAACUGUCAUCACAAAAGGCCAAGCCCAUCCAUGUCAGGCUGGUACAACGUCUGACAAGGAGGAAUCUAGAAAAGAAGGUUGCAUUUCCUCCCUAGCAAAUAUGCUGCAAGAGAUUAGCCAAGAGAACCGGAAUCUGGUCUUCACAGAGAACUCCACAGACUCUACCGAAUUAAAGGAUACGAAUGACGUGCCUAGUCAAGAUAGUUUGGAGGAAUCACAAUCUGAUUGCACAUAUGGAUUUCAUGGUGCUGAAGUCUCCAGUCUUUCUAACGAUGACGAAGGACCCCAUACCGUUGAGUCAGGCAAAAUCUGCCUCCCCCAGCCUUUAACUACUGACAAAAAUGAAUCUUUGCUGACAAAGAGCAACCGACAGAUCAUUGAGAAAAUUCGUAAUUACUAUGAGGCUGCAGAUAUCACAGAUAGCCAGAUACCCAGGAGAAACAGUAUUUCUCACAUUCCCAGUGGCAUGGUAAAGGAGUCAGUAUCUCGCUUCAAUGUCGUUAGUCGACAGGAAGACCUCUGCGAGUCAGUGACUGGACACUCAGAUGUUGAUGACUCUGAACUUAAUCAUGUUUCUCCUCUUCCUGAAGCAGGAGAAGAAAUCCUUAUCCCAGCCGACCUGCCAGCUGAUUGCACAGAUUUAGCUGAUACUCAUACUGAAUCGUAUGCAUGUACGGAGGUACGUAGUGAAGUUUCUGACACUGAGAUCCAUACUUGCUCUGAGCUGAUGAAGAUCUGGAAGGAAAAGGAGAAAAGAGAGUGCAGCGCACAUACAGAAAUGCAGAAUAAACAAAAUAUUAAAAGAAAAGGUUCCACUGAGGAGGAAUGCUCCGUUGGCAUUUUUGCAAAAUGUAGGAAUAGUGUUUCAACCAAGGAUGACAAAAUGGACCCUGAGGUUCUAACUGAGGGAGAUGAUUCUGAACAGAACUGCAAAGAGAUAAAAAAAAAUACUUCCCAGACUGUCCAGUCUGAGAGCACUGUGCCAUGUGCAAAUCUGGAGGGACUGUCCAGUCAGAUCAAAGUGAGCAAAAGCUCCAAAUGUACCAAAGAAAUUCUCAGCAAUGACCUCUACAAGGGGACCCCUGAUGUGAUGGGAAUGGGCCUGUUUGAGGGAGGAGUGAAUCCCUGCCUGGCAGAGAAUUCGGAGAAGAUCCUUAGCAAGGUACAGAUGCUGGUCCGCAUGUACAGUGACAAGGCAGCCAGUAUUAAGAUGCCACUGCACAAGAGGCUCCGGGAGGGCCGGGUGUCAGCGGAGGUCAAGGGGAACACACCCGAGCAGGCGGACAAGACGCCAACACAUCUAGACUGUCCAGUGCUUACAGAGCCUCGGAUGUACGGCCACAUCCUUGUUCGAGAGCAGCUGUCUUCCACGUGUGUCCAGGAGAACAGCUGUAUUGUAACCAGCCCCAGAGAGAGCACUUCAGACCUGGAAGGAUCCUCCAUCUUACAUCCUGCUUCUCCACUCUCUCCAAAAUAUCAAAAAUCCCAAGACAGAACAGAUGCAGAGACGGCAACGACUGAGACAGGAGUCAUUUGUCCCCCUUCUGGAGGAGUACCCACAGAUUGUGAAUUGUGUCCAGACAGUUCUCACUUGAAGGCGACCCAGCCAGAAACACAAAGUACAAACCCAGAGCGGGACAGAUCUGUACAAAUAAAUGCACUUUCAGUGCAGGAUAAACCAUGUGACUAUGAAUCGCCAACAGAUUCCAACAGAGAUACUCAUUUCAUAUCACCUGAAGAACAGAGGGAUGACCAUUCAGUGUUUUCCGAAAUGGAAAACCUUUCUGUAACGGAAAAGCCCUCCAUCUUGCCAGAUGGAACUACUGAAUCAAAAGUGCAACAGGUAGCAAAGGCAACACAGAAGAACCUGACACUGAAUGAAUGUACAGAGUUACAGGAAGAAACGAGAGAUGUGCCUUGCCAUUCUGAGGAAAAUGUUAGCUGUACUUUUAAACAGGAGAGCUUUACAUGUUCACAAGACUUAUCUAUGGAGAAUUUAGAUGGCAAAAUACUGGAUAGCACAGAUAUGACAAUCACUUUAGAACAAGAGACGGAGAAAAGUGUACGUGUGCCGGAUGAUUCAAGUGAUUGUGACAAGAAUCCUGAACAUUCCCACACCGUGUUGCCCUUAUCUGCCCCUGAGGAUAAUGCAACUUUGCCCUUAGAACCUGGAAUAGUUAACAAAAAUUCAGAAAAUCCUGUUUUGGUGAGAGGGCUUCCGAGCCAGAAUAGAAUAUCCUUUCCCAGCCAACUUCAGAAGGUUUCCCUGGAAGGCAUCUCAACAGAAGUUUCUUCUUCUUCGUGCAUCACAAAGGACAUAUCAGCUCCAGAACAGCCUAUCUCUAACAGUCUGGAAUCUUCUUUGAGGAAGGACCAGAUAACCAAAGAGCAAGCUACAACUCAGAGAAGGUCUCCUUUUUCAGAUCUUCCAAAGUUCACAAGCAAAAGACCAGACUUGCCAGAUGACAAUGAAACAAAGUGCAUUCCUUCAAAUCAGGAGGCACAGGCCAAGCAAUACAUCAGUCAAAGGUUGCCUCCCGUCUCUCCAAGGCAUGACGACUCUGUCAAGAAACAGGUACAAGCAAGUUCAGGAGAAUCCCGUCCAAAGUUACAUUCUCAUCUCUCCAAUGAUAGACCAACUAACUUACCUUCCACCAUUGGCAAUAAAAAGCCAUGCUGUAGUCCCAAGUGCUGCACUUCCCCAGUAGAAAAUCCUCAGCCCUCCUUGUGUUUCGUUAGUCCAAGUCCGAUGACUAAGUCACAAGCUGCUUCCUGCAUAAGCCAAAGCCUUGCAAAAAGGAGCAAUAACACCCAAUCUUUAGCCAUGACUAGCGGCUUGAAUGCAAAAAGUUCUAUCUCUACUACAUUGCCACAGUCCUCUGUAUCUCUGAGGCUAAGGUCUCCCUCACCAAAACUGAGUGUGAUAGCAGAUACCUCUCAAAAUAUAAGUCUUGGCAGUGCAUUGACAACAACCCAACAAACCAAGUGUGCCGCUGUCCAUUCCUCUCCUUCCAGUGCCAGACAAUCUCCAACAAUAUCCCCACACCCCUGCCAUAAUCAGACACCAUCAUCUACUACCCCGGAGCAAUUAAAUCACCCAAACUGGAACAACAACAACAACAACAACAGAAAUAGCUGGAGCAGUGAUUUUGGCAUUAAUAGGAAGACAUCUCUGUCAAGUAUGGGAAGGUCAUUAUUUUCUCCUGAUCACCUUCAAAAUACUUCCUAUAACAGGGUGGCCCGACCCUUUUCAUCUGCUUCCGAGCCUAGCUCUCGAGUGCAUUCUCCUUCUCCUUGCUCUUCCAUCUAUUGUACCCAACCUAUCCAAGACUAUCCCUGUAUCCCAUCGAAAAAGCCUCCUCAUCUGAAGUCACUUCGAAUUCCCGAGGCACAUACAUUCACUCCACUGUGUGUCUCCUUGGAAUGUUCCACACCAUCCUCUGGCUUUUCCUCACCAACACCGGGAAGUCCCCGCAUCACUUCCCCUCCCCCUAUAGGUGUUCCCAAACACAUGUGGGGUGCCGCUACUCCCCAACCAAAAAACCCCAUCGUCACCCCUUCCUACGUGGCGGGGGUCUCCCCUGUGAGUGGCUCAAAUUUAUCCCAGACCCAAAGACAACCACACGCGGGCAGCAUUCCUUUCCUCAUCCUGGCAGAUAGAGCUCCAGUCCCAGCACAAAAUGGACACAGGUCAUGGGCGGAGAGCAACCAUUAUUCUCAGAAUGUGGAACACAGUCCAGGUAUACAGAGAUCCCAGGGAACCCAUAGCAACCCACCGUCUGGUGUUUUAUCUCCUGUCAGACUGGCACCAACCAAAAUCAUCCAAGGGGGGCGACAUUUCACUAGCAUUGCCUGGCCUGACAUACGAGAACUACUGACCAAGUAUGACGGUGCAGAAACCCCCAAUCAAUAUGUUGCGCCCUCUCCUGGUCCCUCAGACGCUGAGUCGCAUAGCAGCGACCACUGUAAUGGCAGGAGCCAAGAUAGCCUCGUCAGCCCCACUGUGGCCUGUUCUCCUCCUGCCGUGGGUCAGGAUGUGUCUACUUCCAAUCCAGAGACUGAGCCAGAGGGGGCUUCUUGGACAAGGGUGGGUCGAGGAUCACUGAGGACCAGCUAUGCUACCACUGUCAACUUGCAGAUUGCUGGUAGUGGCCGGAUUACUGCGUUAAGCAACGCUCAAGUUAGCCUGACCCAGACACUUGUGCCUGUAUCUGACAAUGGUCACAGGCACAAAAGUAUUAAUGGUUGCAGCCUUGCCCAGACCUGUAAGAGGCUCUAAGGCGUGCUGGAAUACAUACAAAUUUUUACAAAUGUGCCUUGCAUUCAGUCAGAACAGGUACUGCAUUCAAGAAGACAUUCAGGUGGAACCCCUACCAAAAAUUAGUUAUUCGUCUUUGUUAUUUUGUUAAUAACAUUUUAUACGUUUUUGCCCUCAUUUUUGUUUCGUCUUAAAGAAAUUCCAGGGCUUCGUUUAUCUAAGGCGUGGAUAUUUUCAUCCAAAAACAGCAAGAUCAUACUAUAGCUCUUAUUUAUGAGGUUGCUUUUGUUUUGUUUGUGUGUCUGGCACUUAACACUGUCGCUUACAUUGCACAAUGUCAUACGGUGUGUGGAUGUAUCUGUGAAAUGGACAUUUAUUUCAGGGCAACCAAAUACCAGUGUUUUAGUGUAACUGUAAAAUGUCUCAUCACUCUGCCAGUGUUGCUGACUAGAACUAUGUAAAUUUUUUCUAAGUAGCUGAAAAACUUUUCAAAGGGAAUUUUACCAUUAUGGAUGUGUUUAAAUCAAACACAAAUGUUCAUACUCAAAAACAUUUCAUAAGCAAGUAUACAAAUCCUUUGGGUACAACAUGAUAAUUCAACUUUAAUAAUUGGUAUAUCCUUCAUUACACAUUAUAUCUCCUUCAAUUUCAAAAUAACUUUAUGUGUUCCAGGUGGCAAGAAAACUAGUAACAUACACACAGGAAUGAAGAGGUUCUGGUUUUAGACUGGGUGUGUUAUUCGCAGUUAAUAAAGUUAGCAGUGUGACUUUUCUUCCAGUUGCCAAAAACCAUUGAAGAGGAAGCAGAAGGGCAGACAGGACAUUUAAAAAAAAAAUAAAAAAUCUUUUUAUAUUGUGUUUUGUGCUUUCUAGAUCUUGCAGUAAUAAACCAAAAUUAAAGACGUUACUGUGUGCAUCAAUGACUAAUCUCUACAAUAAAGUAUAUUAAAUAGUGCAUUUGCAAGCAG